AUGACGACGUCCCUCCGCACUCCUGACCAGCACAAGCCCACCGGAACUGGGUUUGCCAUCUUCUCGUCCCAUGAAGAGGCUGCGGAAUCGCUCUGCAUGAACGGACGGCUCAUCAACGCCACACGCUUCGCUAUGAGGUGGAGUCGGAAGAACUACUUCGACUUCACCUCCAAGACAUCAUUUCGGGCGUCGCUCAAGGACAAGCAUGCCCGCAUUGUGGACCUCAGCAAGAACGGUGAUGUCUUCGGGAUGCGGUGCAUGUGGUCCCGCGCCUGA